AUGGGUUUGGAUGCGGCCACAGAAAUAUGCCUGGGUGAAGCAAUGCGAGGUCCACUCCCGGAACUGAGAGAUGAUCUCGAUGAAUUUUUCCGUGCUGUCGAGUGUCCUUCAACGUCGAGUGUCACUCAACGUUUCGGGCUGACACACUCCAAUGCUCACGAAGCAGAAACUCCGUGUAAGCCGAAAUCGUCACUUCCAAUUGGUGCCACAUUAACCACAUCGGCGCUUCAUUCUGCUGCUCCUUGCGCAGAAUCAGAAUCAAAUUCUUACGCCAACAGAUCGCAUGCCUAUGACCGGUGCAAACGAUUAGCAGAUGGCGUGAACGUCAAACAGGAAUGCUUGAGUGAAGCGGAUUUUGACUAUCAGUUGAUCGCUGGACUUAAACCAUUUGAACGAACCUUCCACACUCGAAUAUCACCGCACUGUCAGUUUUUGAUCCCUGAUCGAAACUUCAACUUUCAUAACUAA